AUGGGGAGCUAUAAGUGCCUUCGCUCUUACCUGUGUUACUUAUGUUCCUGCGUGAGGCUCAGAACAGACACACACACCUGUCAGUCCACACACCUGCUCUGCACUCUGCUCUACAUCUUCAGCAGGGCUGCCAUCCAGAUGUCGCUGUGCAUGACGUCACACCUCUGCCUGCUGGUCCUACCAGUGAUGUCACUGCUGCUGCUCUUCUGUCCUAUUAGUUGGAGCUACGAUGGCCUCACCCCAGGGUGUCACCUGCACCCUUUCAACGUGACCAUCCGCAGUGACCGUCGCAGCACAUGUAAAGGCACCCACCUGGUCUACGCCUGCGUUGGUUACUGCGAGUCCAGCGCCUUCCCAUCCAGAUACUCAGUGCUGGUGGCCUCCAACUUCACCCACAACAUCACCUCCGCUUCCCGAUGCUGCACCAUCAGCAAGGACGCUAAGGUCAAAGUUCGCCUGGACUGCCCUCGAGGUCGUCACCACGACGAAAUAGAGAUCCUGACGGCGAAGGCGUGUCGCUGCGACAUGUGCCGCAAGUCCCGCUACUGACACAUCAAGACAGUCCGCUG